GCAGGAUGGGUGAUGCUCAAAGCUCCCUCAUUAGACAACAGACACGAGAGGUCAGGAAGAAAGCGCUUAUAAAUUACCGUUUCCUCCUGCUCGGCGCUGCUAGUCGCGCCGCACCGCUCCGCCGGACGCGCCGCAGGGGCGCAGCGGCGCGCAGGCACCGCGGCCAGCGGACACAGGAAAAGAAAAUACAUUCAGCAGAGAUUCUUCUUCAUAAAGCAGAAAUAUGGCAACAAAGGAAAAGCUUCAGUGCUUGAAAGAUUUCCACAAGGACAUCCUCAAACCUUCCCCCGGCAAGAGCCCGGGGACACGGCCUGAGGAUGAGGCUGAGGGGAAGCCCCCGCAGCGGGAGAAGUGGGCGAGCAAGAUCGACUUCCUGCUGUCCGUGGCGGGGGGAUUCAUCGGUUUGGGCAACGUCUGGCGGUUCCCGUAUCUCUGCUACAAAAACGGCGGAGGUGCAUUUCUUAUACCUUAUUUCAUUUUCCUGUUUGGGGGAGGUCUUCCCGUGUUUUUCCUGGAGGUGGUGCUAGGACAGUAUACCUCCGAAGGUGGAAUUACAUGCUGGGAAAAGAUCUGCCCUAUUUUCACUGGAAUUGGUUAUGCUUCCAUAGUGAUUGUGUCCCUUCUGAAUGUGUACUACAUCGUGAUCCUGGCCUGGGGACUCUACUACCUGUUCCAGUCGUUCCAGAGCGUGCUGCCAUGGGCACACUGCCACCAGAAGUGGAACACGCCCACCUGUGUGGAGGACACUCUCAGGAAGAACAAAACGCUCUGGAUAUCACUGAAUGCCACUAACUUCACCUCUCCUGUCACAGAAUUUUGGGAGCGCAAUGUGCUGAGCUUGUCCUCGGGGAUUGAAGAUAUUGGUAUUAUCAAGUGGGAUCUAGCACUGUGUCUCCUCCUUGUCUGGGUGAUUUGUUUCUUCUGCAUUUGGAAAGGAGUCAAAUCCACUGGGAAGGUAGUGUACAUCACUGCCACAUUCCCAUUCAUCAUGCUCCUUGUUCUACUCAUCCGUGGCGUGACCCUGCCUGGAGCUGCAGAAGGCAUCAAGUUUUAUCUGUACCCUGAUAUCUCACGGUUAGCUGACCCACAGGUCUGGAUAGAUGCAGGGACACAAAUCUUCUUCUCAUAUGCAAUCUGCUUAGGAGCAAUGACUUCCCUGGGGAGCUACAACAAGUACAAAUACAACUGCUAUAGGGACUGUUUGCUGCUGGGAUGCCUGAACAGUGGUACCAGUUUUGUGUCUGGCUUCGCAAUUUUUUCCGUCCUGGGCUUCAUGGCACAAGAGCAAGGGGUGAACAUUGCUGAUGUGGCAGAGUCAGGUCCAGGCCUGGCCUUCAUUGCCUACCCAAAAGCUGUGUCCAUGAUGCCACUGCCCACCUUUUGGGCAAUCCUUUUUUUUAUUAUGCUUCUGUUGCUUGGACUGGAUAGCCAGUUUGUUGAAGUUGAAGGACAGAUCACGUCAUUAGUUGAUCUGCACCCAUCCUUCCUAAGGAAGGGUUACCGACGGGAAAUCUUCAUCGCUAUAGUGUGUUUCCUUAGCUAUCUUCUGGGACUAACUAUGGUGACUGAGGGUGGCAUGUAUGUUUUUCAACUCUUUGACUACUAUGCAGCUAGUGGUGUAUGCCUUUUGUGGGUUGCAUUCUUUGAAUGUAUUGCUGUAGCCUGGGUUUAUGGCGCUGAUAAUAUUUAUGAUGCCAUUGAGGAUAUGAUUGGAUACAGACCUGGUCCCUGGAUGAAGUGGAGCUGGAUUGUGAUCACACCAGUUCUCUGCGUGGGGUGCUUUAUCUUUUCUUUGGCCAAGUAUAAACCACUGACCUACAACAAGGUCUACACAUACCCAGACUGGGCAAUUGGCCUGGGCUGGGUUCUUGCCCUUUCCUCCAUGAUCUGCAUCCCUAUGGUGAUGGUCAUCCGCAUCAUUCGGUCAGAUGGGUCACUCAUUGAGAGGAUAAAGGCGGUGGCUGCCCCCAAGGAGGUGAAUCGAUGGUCCAAGGAGACAGAGAGUGGCACCCCCUUCUGCCCCAAUGGAACUUCGAAUGGCGGAUUGAUCAAGCCAACUCAUAUCAUUGUGGAAACCAUGAUGUGAGCUCUCUCUGUGAGAGGAUAAACCUGCUUUAACUGCCGUUUACUAACCAUAGAUUCUCAUAGGACCAGGUUUACAGAGCUUUAUAUUUGCACUAGGAUUUAUUUUUAUUUCUCACAGAGAAAGUUAUUUUUUGUGUGUGUUUUUUUUUUUAAUAUUUUGUAAGGUAAUCACAGCACACGUCUCUCUGUAGAGGGAGAGCUUUCAUAUCAGACUAGACAUAUUACAAGAAUUUACUAUUAUUGGGUUUUUUUAAAUAUAUAUAUCUUUAUCUCUAAAUAUUAUACACCUUACCACUUGAAUUGAUUGUCUUGCCAGCAAUACAUUCAAGUCUCAGAAAGCAAUUUUAGGUGCUGGUAUGGUUGGGAGCAGGGUAAUCUACAGAACACACAAAAGGAGCUCUGUUGAGAGUUACAUUUUUUUAAACAAUGCUGUUUCAAGAGAAUUUUCAAAGGUGUAGUAUUUCCACCCUCUGGUUCAACUGUGGUAAACUACAGGUGUCAGGGUCACUUCAGGAAGUGGGGAGAGUUUUGUUUAGUGCAGUCCCUGGAUAAGAAUAUAGCCAAACAGCUGGAGUGGAGAGUUUGCAAGGGAUGCAGAGAAGCUGGAUGUGAACAGUAUUGUGGCUGUACCUCCCAGGGACCGCACUGGCACCCUGUCACACCAACUGAAGAGAACUUGGGGAAGGCAUUUGCAGGAUUUGGCAUGGUUCAGUCUUUUGUUGUUGUUGUUUUUAAAAUUUUUGAGAUUCUUUUUUAACAUAAGUGAAAUGCCUGCUGUUUGUGUGUGAGCAGGGAGGUUGGGUACCUGCUCCUGAGUUUUCCAGCAAACCAUAUUUUGGUGUGGUGGCACUAUUUGAAUUCUGCAAACUGGGAGGGCAGCCUGUCCCCAGGGCAGCAGGGAUGAGCACAGAGCAGCCAAGGGGGGAAAGCAGCCCCUGCUCUUAAGGUGUUUGCUUGCCCAUUUGGACUUUGGUUUGGGCAGGAAAAUAAAGGAAUCACUUCUGGACUCUGACCAUCUAGAGGUGAACACAAACCAGGUCAUCCCUGACAGGUGGAACUAAACCACUCACCUGGUGUAACUGGUAUUGAUAACAGACAUGUUAAUAAUAAUAGUAAUGAUGAUAAUAAUAUCACACAGCAAACAGGUGCUUUUCAUCCAUGUAUCUCAAAAAUGCUUUUCCAAGUUCAGUAACCAGGAUUUGCUUUAUUUAUUUAUUUGGGGGAGGGAGGUAUUUGCUGUUAGAGGAACAGACAAAAGGACUAAGUGAGUCCCUUGUCCCAUGUUACUAAAUAGGAGUAGUGGACCUGGAGGCCCCAUUCUCCUUGCUCAUCAUUGGAUUAACCCAUGAUUUUAUUUUAUUUUACUUUAUUUUAUUCUAUUUUAUUUUAUUUUUAAGGGGGAUGGAGGGUGGCAAACAUAUUUAUGAUUUUUAUCUGCUGAAGAGACAGGGCUCUUUGAAAUUUAAAUUAAAGCAAAGGGAACACAUAACACUGAAAUAUUUUGUGUUGGUCAGAAGGAAUUGGGCACCAUUCCAGGUGAGACUGGGAAGUGAAGAGAAACCCCUACAAGGAGUAUAGGAGUGGGGGUUCCACUUCAUGUAAUGCAGGUGA